CCAAAUAAACUACCACUCAACAACAUUCUACUCAUAUAUUAAAUUUCACAAAUCCAAGUUCUAAUUAGCUAUUUUAACUCUAAAUAAAACAUAGAUCUUGAAGUAAAAAAAAAAUGGGAAGGAGAAAACUAAAAAUAAUGAGAUUGGAAUGUGUUAAAGAGAGGCAAGUGAAAUAUUCAAAGAGAAAAGUUGGAGUGCUUAAGAAAGGGAAAGAACUUGCUACUUUAUGUGAUGUUGAUGUUGCUCUUCUCAUGUUUUCCCCCACCGGAAAACCUUCUCUUUUUGUUGGCCAUGACAAAGACUUAGGGACUCUUUUGGAGAGGUUGUCAAGUAUGGCACUGGAAGAAAGAGAAGAGAGGAAGGAGUACACCAUGAGAUUAUUAAUGAAAAUGUACUCAAAGGCUGGCACAGAAAUGGGCCGAAUGACACUUACAAAUGACAGAGAUGAAGCACCCCAUGAGCUGCAAGAAAAAUUAGCUGAGAAAAGAAGCAUUUUAAGGGAAUGGAAGAAUCCCUAUAAGGUUGACAAUUUACCUCAAAUCAAAAUAAUGGAGGAGCAUCUCAUUGGAAGUUUGACUAGAGUGAGAAAUAUCAAGAAGCUGUUGAGGGAGAAGGAGAAUAAAGCAUGAAGAACAGUGGAAGGUGGUUCUAAAUUUGUUUAACAAAAAAGACUAAUUUAUAUUUUCCUUUGGAAAUUCUAUUUUGAAAUUUUAGAAUAAAUCAUCGUAACGGACCAUUUUGUGGUGAAAAUUUCGUGCUUAG